AGUAGUUCACUUUUCACCGCACCUGUAAUGAUGGUAGCGUGAAUUAAAAUGGCGUGCAACUCGCUUAUAAAAGCAAAGUUGAAAAAUUACCAUUAAAUUCUUAAGAUAAAGGCGUAUUUAAUUUUAGAAAUUAAUCCACUUUAAAAAUGGAUGCUGUUAAAUCAUUUAACUCUGAGCUUUCCGGGCUCUAUGAGGUCAAACCUCCAAUAUCCAAAGCAAAAAUGACAAGUAUAACGAGAGGAGCAAUCAAAGCGAUCAAAUUUUACAAGCACGUAGUGCAGAGCGUGGAAAAGUUUAUAUUGAAAUGUAAACCCGAAUAUAAAGUACCUGGUCUAUACGUGAUUGAUUCGAUCGUUCGGCAGUCUCGCCAUCAAUUUGGCGCAGAACGUGACGUUUUUGCGCCUAGGUUUGCCAAAAAUAUGCAGCAAACGUUUGUUAAUUUAUUUAAGUGUCCCGCAGAAGAUAAGAGUAAAGUGAUACGAGUAUUGAAUUUGUGGCAGAAGAAUCAAGUGUUUCAACCCGAUGUUAUUCAGCCUCUCUUUGACUUGGCCGACCCUAAUCAUCCGUUCUAUAAAGAACAGGUUGCCGGUGGACAGAGCAAUGGUGUUGCGGUUCAAAAUGCAACAGGCGUUAAAGGUUCCCCUGCCAUGAAGACGUCACCUACAAAGAGUUCUUCUCAGGCAGCCCAUACAGCGGAUGCACAUUCCACUGGAAUUUCUAAUAAUCCGAAUGUCUUAAAUGAUCCCAAUGCCAUGGCUCAGUUACAACAAAUACAUAAGUUGCUACAGCGGCAAGAUGGAGAGUCGGGUGUAAAAUCUGGAACCGGUCCGCCGGUUCGUUUCGAUCGUAAAUUGCUCGAUUUCGAUUACGACGAUGACGAAGAAGAAGAUCACGUUAAUCCCUCACCAAAACCUCCACCCGCCAACAGUAAUAAUAACAAUUCAGCGAUCGAAAGUGUCGGAAGCUUACUGUCUAAUCCCGAAGUACUGCGUCAAUUGCAAACUUUACAACAAUCCAUUACGCAGUCACAACAUCAAGAAAUGGACAUUGAGAAACUGAGGAAACUCCAGGAAAUGAAGCAGCAAGAGGAGGAAUUUGAUAAACACCUCGCACAGACAGUGCCGAAUCUUCCAUUUGCUGCGGAAUGCGAUUUUAAACCAUCCUCGCAAACGAACUCUCCCGCCGUAUUGCAGAAUUAUUACUUGGCCGCCGUGCAAGAUAUGAGCGUACCGCCACCAAUGUAUAAGCCGACGUUUGAAGUUCCGGCGCCACCUGAAGAAAUCACUUUAGAUUCCGACACGCAGUACAUGAGCGGAAACGACGGUGCAGACAUGGAGGUAAUAAAUUUGGAUCAGACGGAUUCUAGAAGUCCGUCCAUGCACGAGGACCGAUAUAGCAAUCGAAGAAGGAGGUCGCGGUCACGUGACCGUUCGCGUGAUAGAGGUAGGGAUCGAGACAGAGAUCGUGAUCGAGAUAGACGAUCUCGAAGGUCUAGAAGUAGGUCGCGAUCACGGGAUAGAAGGAGAAGGUCUCGUAGUCGUGACAGGGAGCGCGAUCGUGAAAAGGAGAAAGAUAAAGAGAGGGAGAAGGAAAGGCGUAAGCGUGGCUUACCCGUGACAAAAAAGGAAAAUUUAAGCGUGUGUAGCACUACUUUGUGGGUUGGACACUUAUCGAAAUUAGUUCAUCAAGAGGAGUUGUCAGAUACAUUUGGGGAGUUUGGUGAUGUUGUCAGCAUCGAUUUAAUCCCACCGAGAGGUUGUGCUUUUAUAGUUAUGAACCGAAGACAAGAUGCUGCUAGAUGCCUACAAAAAUUGAAAAAUCACAAGAUGCAAGGCAAAGCCAUUACGCUUGCGUGGGCACCAGGAAAAGGUGUCAAAGGGAAAGACCUGAAGGAUUAUUGGGAAGUCGAUUUAGGCGUUUCGUAUAUUCCGUGGUCUAAAUUGAAGCAAGAUAUGGACAUCGAAUUGUUGGAAGAAGGGGGUAUGAUUGAUGAAGAUACAAUGCCAGCAUGGAUGAAAACUAAAACUCAGGGUUUGGCCGCUUCAACCAAGGCAACUGACGGUGCCGAUAUAUCUAAAGUGGUGGGUUCUACAGGCGCGAUUGAUACGAGUCAACCUCCGCCCAUGCCAACGGGUGGCCUCUUACAACCUCCUCCAGCGUUACCUUUACCAUUAGUUAACCCCUUUCAAUUGAAUAAUCGAUUGUUAAGUAUGAAUUUACCCCCAGGCAUGAUGCCACCUAAUGUACCAAUCGGAGUACCACCACCAAAUAUGCCUCCUGGGGCGAUGAUGACAAAUCCAUUACUUGGAUUGGGCACAUUUUCGCAAGGCCCCCCAGGCUUGUUACCGCCGCCCUUGUCAUUACCGCCAACUGACAAAGCAUCUGUCGACAGCUUAACAAACACAUCGGAUUCACUAUUAGGAAUGCCCUUCGGUGUAAUGCCUCAAUCCUCCAUGUGUAUCCCACCUCUUCAGAACCACGAUGACAAUAAUAUGGAUGUGGAAAUGGAAGAUGCGGACCGUAAUGACAAGCAUCCUCCCCCAUUAAGCGAUCAAUUAUUAGCUUCAUUAGGACAAAAUAAAAUGGAAGUAAAUCUAAAUGCUGCGGUUAGUAGAUUACAUGCGAUGUCAAACAUUAGACCAAACUUGCAUAGAUUGGACGAUGAUAUGGAUGACGGGUAUGAUCACGGUGGCAUGAGAGGUUUUGACAGAGAUCGGCGAGACUUUGAAGACAGGCACGGCGGGCUUGAUAGAAAUCGCGAUAGGGAUAGGAGAGAUAAUAGGAGGGAGCGACCCAAUAGAUGGGGCGAUCGAGAUCAUAACGAUCGAGAACUUCAUGACGAUAGAAGAGAAAGGAACGAAAAGAGUUUGACAGAUCGUUUGAGAGAAAUGGCUCAUCAAAGUGCGUUUCCUAAUAGACACGCCGGUAGAAAUCCAGAUAAUCCGAAUGUUGUAUUUGAACACCCUGCAGAUGGCCCUCCGCCUCUUAUGGAUAGACCUAUGUUUAGACACAACGAAAGAAACCAACCUGAUCAUGAUAGAUUUAGAGCCGGUGAGGACUUUAAUCGCGGUCAUAACCGGGAAGACGACUGGGAAGAAGAUCCCCAAAUGUUUAUGAACAGAGAUGACAAUGGCCCACCUCACCCACACUUUAAUUGUGACGAUAUUGGACCUCCACGACCAUUAUUCAAUCGGGACGACCGACCAUUGAUGAACAGAGAUGAUCCACCUCGUCCGCUUUUAAAUCACGAUGAAAUGUUCGAGGAUGACCGAUUUAUGAGAAGGGAGUGUCGGGACGAUUUCAUGGAGGAACCGAUGGGAAUGAGAGAUGAGUUUGUACCACCGGCUCACUUACGUGGCCCUCCUUGUUUUAAUCCCCCAGCUCCUGUUAUGGGACCUGGUAUAUUAGGUCCGGGACCGCCGGGUCCUAGGCCGAAUAGACCCGAGUUUUGGGGACCACCAAGACCGAUGCGUGGAGCGGGACCUGAUGGAUUCUUUCCUAGAGGUCGUCAUCAAGGUCCUCAAAAAUUUCAUCCUCGUGGUCAACACGGUCGAGGUACUCGACCUCCAGGACCGCAUUGGAAGGACGCUCCUCGUCCAAAUUUCCAGCCAAGGUUCGAUGCACCUCCAGAUUACUUUAGAGGUCCGCCGGGUCACUUUGACGAAUCGUCUCACCAUCAGCGACACAGAAGGCGAGAUGAUAGACGUCACUUCAGACACGAGUUCGGCGGUGGCGGCGCUUUUGAAGAGGAAAACGAACCGGCCCGUGAUCGUCGUGAUCGCCAAUCGCGAUGGAGUAACUCUUCCACCGUAGAUGAAUCUUUUGAACAAAAUGAAACUGUCGAACAACACGAAUCGGAACAGGUGAACGAAUCUGUUGAAAACGAGUGCGAUAAUGUCGAACAAGGUGAAGGGUUAUACACAGCUGCGGAUGGAGGCUCGACGCCUUUGCACGAUGAACCGCAGGACACCACCGAAACGGUAGAAGAUACUGCAGAAGAACCUCAAGGUGAUCAAGAAGAAAGUAAAACUGUCGAAGAGCAAGAAUAACGAAAUUCGUAGGUAUUUAUAUUUUAUAAAUAUUUAGUAGUUUUAAGAAGAAGAACUUUAGUGUUGCAAAUAUGUCGGACCGUAUUGAAAACGGAAACUAGGCUGUGAUUGUGUAGUGAACACAGGGGACCCACUAGUGUGGAGCUAUUUAAAUGAAAUUUAUAUAUUUUUAAAUGGUGCUCAAUAAAUAAUUUUAGUCAUUUUAAAUGA